AUGAACCCGAACGCGUUCCAGCAGGCCCCCCAGACCUCCAUCAACCCCGCCGCCCUCCUCGCGCCGCAGCAAGGCCCGUAUCCCCCCCAGAAUGCCAACAAGGUCGCGUACGGCGCCGCCGGCUUCAACCCUCACAUGUUCCAGCAGCCUGGCGCCGCCGUCAAUCCUGCCCAGCUCAUGAACGGCCAGCAGCAGCAGCAGCAGCAACAACAACAACACGGCGGUGGUGGAGGCGGUAUGGAUCCGGCCAUGUUCAUGCAGAUGCAACAACAACAACAACAGCGCCAGCAAUUGCAGCACGCGCAACAGCAGCAGCAGCAGCAGCAGCUCGCGAUGGCGAACGGCGCGAUGAAUGGCGUCAAUCCGAACCACCCUACAGCGAACGCCCAGCAGGCGUACAUGAUGAUGAACAACAACCCCCAGUUCAUGCAGCAGCUCCAGCAGGCCAAGAUGCAGCAACGCAUGCAGCAGAUUCAGCAGCAGCAUCAACAGCAGCAACACUUUAAUCCCCAAGCCUUCCAGCAGCAGCAACAACAUCAGCAGUACCAAGCCAGCCUCCAACAACAGCCGCAACCACCACCACAAACCCAACAACCCUUCUACGACCCCCAUGCCAUCGGCCGACCCCCCUCGAGCGCCUCCGCCAGCGGAGGGCGCACCGUCUCCUCCGGCAUGCCCAUGAACCCGCAACAAAUGGUCGCCUCCACCCCGAAGAUGGGCAACAUGGCCCCCCCUUCGGGCCUUCCCCGUCCACCCACCGCCCGCCCGCCGACGUCCAUGGGCAUGUCCCCGCCCAAUCCCCAGGCACAAGCCCAGCUCGCGGUUGGCAUCCAGCGCCCACCGACGACGCGACCCGGCACGUCCAUGUCGAGCCACUCGCCGCAGGGCAUGAUUGCACCCGGAAUGGGAAUGGGCAUGGGCAUGAACGGCAUGCAGCAACAGCAGCAACAGCAACAGCCGCACAUGACGCCUGGCCGACCGACCGGGACCCCAACACCGAUGCACCACCAGCAGCAGCACCCGCAGGGCAUGAUGGUCGCCCCGCUCACGCCGCAGAACACCGGUGGCGCGCAAGGCUCGGUCCAGAUGGCACCCAACCCGGCCGCGAUGGGCAUGAUGGCACAGGGGAUGAUGAACCCGGCUGCGAUGGGCGCGAUGAACGGCGGAAUGGGCAUGAACAUGAAUAUGAACAUGGGCAUGGGCGUCGGCAUGGGUCAUCCAGGCAUGGCAGCUGCGAGUCCGGGCAUGAUGCGCGGCCAGCCUCAACGGCAGCCGUCGUCAGGAAUGAACGGCCACACGCACCCGGGCAUGGUCCCCCAGACGCCGAAGAUGGGCAUGGGCGUCGGGAUGGACGUUCCUGGCCUGGGCGAGCCGAGCCCGCACUCGCACCCGCACCAACAACCGCAGAUGAACAUGGGCAUGAGCGCGCAGGGCAUGGGCAUGGGCGUGGGCAUGGCUCGAACGCCCUCGAUGACGAGCUUGCAGGGCGCCACUCCCCAACCUCAGGCCCCAUCGCAGGGACAUAUGUCUCCGCCCAACUCGGCGUCCGCGGGCGGUAUGUUCCCCCCCGGCGUGUCCGGCGUCGGCAUGGGCAUGAACGGCAUGGGAAUGGGAAUGACGAUGGGCAGCGGAGGCGGGCUUACGCCCCAACAGCAGGCGCAGCUCGCAAACGCCGUCGGUGCGCGUCCUAGGGCGUCGUCCGUCGUCGGUCCCGGGCCCAUGGGCAUGCCCGUGCCCGGGAUGCAGCAGAGUGCACCGCAACCGCAACCUCCCCAGCCGCCGUCUGCGCACCCGACACCUACCACGCCCGUGCGCCCGCCGAUGCCCGCCGCCCCGUCGUCGGCCUCGUCCGUUCCCGCCGUGAACGGCGCGAUCUCCGCGUCCGCGCCGCCCCCACAGGCGAUCCCGAGCGUUGUCGGCGCCGGCAUGGGCCUCGUGCUGCCUCCGCCACCUGCGACCGAGGCGCCGCUGCAGCCCGGCGUGGUUCCGCAGCUGCCACCACUCCCAGCACACACCAAGCUUGACCCGGUUGUGACGCGGGUGAGCGUCGUGCCGCUGGCGGACAGCGAGCGGCUGAUCCCGCCGCUCGGCGAGGACGAGAUCGAGAACGUCAAAAAGUGGAUGGCGCUCGACAGCGCGUACACGGAGAUGUACUCGGAGAUGAACGAUAGGAUGGCGGAGGAGCGCCGCGCCAUGGGCCUUUCCGGGCGCGCGUGGUGGGAGAAGGAUCUCACGAGCCCGACCGCCGCGGCGGAUGAGGCACGCCGGCGCCAGCAGCAGCAGCCGAAGUUUCAGAUCACGUUCCCGAAGGACCGCGAGCGCGAGGCCAAGUCGCGCAGGGGCGGCAAAUACGGCCGGCGCGAGGGACUGAAGCUGCCCCGCAAACUCGCGCCGGGCGAAGCGGACCGGGUCGAGGUCCUCGUGCCGAUCAGGUUGGAUUUGGAAGUGGAGGGGCAGCAUCGGUUAAGAGACACGUUUGUGUGGAACCUGAAUGGUCAGAGCGGAGAGCUGAUGACGGGGAUGGUAGAUCCGGUUGUGACGCCGGAAGCGUUCGCGCAGAGCAUCGUGGACGACUACCAGCUGCCUUCGAGUUAUCAGAGCACGAUCACGAAAGCGAUCCAAGAGCAACUGAGCGACUACCAGGCGCACACCUCCGGUGGGUCGAACGAUCAUCAGGACGACGAAGAGAAGGACGAGAAGGUGACAGGCCCGGCUCGAGCGGGCGUGCUCGGCGGCGACGACCGCGAUAGCAAAUGGUGGGAGGCGUGGCGGAAGCGAGUCAGGACGAAGGCCGGCUUCGUGAAGAAUAUGGACAGAAAGGAGAAGGAGGGCCGGAAGGCGAAGAGGAGGAAGAUCGCCCAGCGGGAGGAAGGAGAGACGGAUGGCGCCGAGGCGGAUGUUGAGGCCGACGUCGAGGACAGCCCGGUGGAUGUGCACGCGAUUCCGGUCGAUCACAGGAAUAUGCAGGAGGAGAUGCGGAUCACGAUCAAGUUGGACAUCAUUGUCGGUUCGAUGGAGUUGAACGAUCAGUUUGAGUGGGAUCUCGAUAACGAGGAUGCCUCACCGGAACAAUUUGCGGAGGUGUACGCGCGGGACCUGGGCCUAGGCGGCGAGUUCAAAACGGCCAUCGCGCACACUAUUCGUGAGCAGGUGCUCUCCUACCAAAAGUCAUUGUUCCUCGUCGGAAACCCCACCCCCGCACAACUACAAGACGAGGACCUCAAGAGCGCCCUAUUACCGUCUCUCGUCUCUGGUGCGCGACCCGCGGACCAAGUGCAGUCCUUCACACCGCUUCUCAACUACGUCAGUGACGGCGAGAUUGAGCGUAGCGAGCGCGAGCGCGAAAAGGAGCUCAACAAGCGGAAGAAGAGACGGGGUGGCACGAGGCGGCUCGCUGCCCUGCCCGAUCGCGAGCCACUUAGGACAUACCGCACGCCCGCCAUCGGCUUCCCAGAGGUCGACCCCGCGAACCUGGCUAAGGACACGGCUGUCGCUGUACCCACGUCGACUCGGCGUGCUGCCGCAGCCGCUGCGCAACUCACGAUCGCCAACAUGGUCGCGUCCGAGAACCGGGACGACGGCCGGAUCGUGCCACAGAUCAUGCCGCUCGUGGCCACGCCCGCUGCCGUCGCGCAGCCGAGCAGCAAAGAGGCCAAGGUCAAGGGUCUUUUCAAGCCCCCACCGUACCCCCCCACCGUCUUACGUCCCCGCGCGCGUGUUCCUGCCCCGACGCCUUCGACGGUGGCAGAACCGACAGCGCUCAUGUCGCCGAUCGAGAGCGAUCCCCCAGUGACGCUCGCGCAGGCGGUGGUAGUCGAGUACAAGGUACCGAAGACACCGGCGCCCAUGACGGCGAAACGUGCACGAGAGCUGGAAAGAGAGGCGAAGGAGAAGGAAUACGCGGACGGGCAGCACGCCAACCUGAUCGACGGCGUAUGGCACUGCUCGAAUUGUGGUAUUCCGGAAAGCAUCGCGACGGGCAGGCGGAAAGGCCCUCUCGGCGACAAGUCGCAGUGCGGUGAUUGCGGUCGGUUCUGGCAUCGACACCGUCGGCCGCGUCCCGUCGAGUACAACUCGAGUCUUGAAUACCACCAGAGGCAGCAGGGAUCAGGCAAGACGGCGGCGCGACGGGGCAGGAGACUCAAUGCGGAAGCCGCCACCACGCCCGUUCCCGAACCUCCCACGGAGCCACAAACGCCCCAAACGGAGUGGGCGGACGGCCCUCCCGGGUCUGCGCUCCGCCACGAGGUCGACGGUGACCGCGCGUCUUCGCCUGCGUCUAGCGCCUCGAGCACGUCGGAGACGCCCUUGGCGCAGUUUGUAAAGGCGAACGGGACGUCGCAGGCUGCCAGUCCACCCCAGUCGGAGGACAAGCGCCCUCGUUCUUCGGCGCGCCCGCCAUCGGGUGCAAAUAAGGCGUGUUAUUCUUCGUUCCUGCCAUGA